UUUUCACUCUUCUCCAAGGCAGUCGCAUCACCUUCUUUCUGAAGUAAUGGACGUUGAGACAGUUUUUAGGUUUUGCGAAUUUUGUUUAUACCUUCGUGAAUCGCGCUUGUAAACUUUUGUUAUUACUUUUAAAAUCUUUCCCUUAACACAAUUAUGUAGUGCGCGUAUUAAAUAUCGUCUGUUUUAUCGCGGAACACUUGUUUUCCCUAUCGUUUGUGCCUUCAACCAUUUUAUGCCAAUUGAUUUUGUGCUACCUAACAAUUUUCCAUAGGUUUUAUUGUUUUGAACAAGUUUAUUUGCUGUUAUAUCUUAGUUUCGACUAAUGACAAUCGAUUAUAAGUAUUAAUGUGCUAGUUUUGUUAAGUCAUAUACGGUGUAUAUAACUUUAUAUGUGUUUUUCAUAAUAAAAUGGACUCUAUGCUUUUGUAACAAUGGCACUGUGUGAAAGUCAGUUAGGAUCUAUGAUGCAGCUUCAGGAUUCCCGUGAGGGAACCAGCUCUCCUGACAAGAAGCCAAAGGUAGAAUCAAAUGGAGAUAUCUAUGGAUUGGAUAAAGUCCCUCAACUUCCACUGAGUGUGGACUAUCGCUCCCCUGUGUCUCAUUUUGUUCCACCGGCUGUAGAAUUGUAUGCAGCCAGACACAAACCCGAAAUAAAUAUUGUUGCGCCGGCGACGCCCGUCAAGCGUAAGCGCGGUCGGCCGAGGAUCGAUAAGACCAGCCCGGAGUACUUGGCCAAUUUGGCCGCGAGAAAACAGGCCAGGGAGAUGGCCGCAGUAAUGUCCGUAAAUAGCAACAGCAAUAGCAAUAGUCAGGGGGACUCGGCUGAGAAGAGAAAGAGAGGGAGACCGCGCGUCGACAAGACGAGUCCGGAAUAUCUCGCGAGGAAAAGGGCCAGGGAGCUGGAAGCAUUGGAACGGAAAGCGAAAAAAGAAUUCAGAAGGAGGAACACAGCAGCGAAAUCCAAAAGCUCAUUGGCGUCGCGGGUCAAAAAGACCAAUCAUAGUAAAAUGGGGGGUGUGAGGAAAGUGGGUGAGAGAACCCCCUCGAAGGUGGUGAGGAAAAGUGAUGUGGUUGUGCGGAGAAAUGCGAAAUUUAUUAAAAGAAAAGAUUCGGCCGCUUCUUCGUCGGCGGGUGAAUCCACGCCCCGAGUGAAAAGAAAAUACACGAAACGAACGCCUACUAAGAAAGAUGGGAAUUCCUCAACGGAUAGGGUGAAAGGGAAGAGAGGCAGACCCAGAAAGACGGAUCAGAUGAACAGGAAUCCACAGGAAGGAAAAAUACGUGUUCGGAACAACCUGAUGCCACUAAACACGGAGCCCAUUCCGGUCGACAGUGAUGAUGAACCAGAUUUGGGAUCUCCGAGUCAAGCGUCUGAUUCGUUAAGUCUGGACGAGAAUCUUCGGGCCUUGAGACACAUACACGAGAAAUACGCCAAUAUUGAUAAGAUGAAGCUUUUGCAGGACGAUUUGUACGAAGCUCACCUCCUGGCUGCGAACUUCAAGAAGCCUCCCAUGGACCAAGUUCAGCGGCUGACGAGGGAAGACGACGACGUACUCUCCGUUCGGAGCUCGGAAGGUGGGGCGUCCGUCAAAGAAUUGGAGACGAGAGUGGAAAAGUUGGAGGACAGUUCCAAUUCAGAUUCCGGGAGCAGCAGUUCCGGUUCUGGCAGUUCCAGUUCCGGCUCCAGUUCGUCGUCCAGCUCGGAUAGUUCCAGUUCCAGCAGCUCGGAGAGCGAAGGAGAAGAGGAAAAGGGAGAAGAGAAGGAGCCCACCGAGCUCGACUCCAUACAGAACACCAAUGACGAUAGAUCGUUCGGCGCCUGGUCCCACGGUCGGUCCGUCCAAUCCGGGACCAACUCCGACUCCGGGUCCGAUUCGGAUCCCGAGAGGGGCGGCAUCCCGGGGCCGAUCCCCGCGCAAGACGAGAUCAGCGAGAGCGAGAACGAGUCGGCCGAUAAGAGUUUUCAGUGUCACAUUUGCAAGAAGUGGUACUCCACGCGGGUGACGCUCAAGAUCCACCGACGCGGCCACCAGUCGCGCGGGGGCGGAGGCCGGUCCCGCGCUCGGUCGUCGGACAAGUACGAGUGCGACUGCUGCAGCGCCACCUUCGCCAGGAAGGAGAAGCUGUGGGAGCACAGGGCCGAGGCGCACCGCGGCGCGAUGACGGUGCGCUGCGAGGUGUGCCGCAAGUGCUUCGAGGACGAGGCCGAGCUGGCCCGGCACGACGCCUCGCACACGGCCGACGAGCGCGCCGGCCGCUGCUCGCUGUGCGGCGCGCAGUUCCCGCGCUACGAGCAGCUGCGGCGCCACGCGAACACCGCGCACCCGGCGCCGGCGCGGCUGCCGCACGCGUGCGCGCAGUGCGGCAAGCGCUUCUCGCACGCGCACUCGCUCACGCGCCACACGCACAACCACUCCAAGCAGCUGUACCGCUGCGUCGUCUGCAAGGCCUCGUUCGAGCGCGCGGACCAGCUGGCCCAGCAUCUGAACAGUCACCUCGCCAACUACAAGCGCCUCAAGCGAUAGGCCUCCGCCCCUCUCUCGAAUGUUGCGACUCGCCGAGAUCCCUCCGGGCCGGUAUUUCGUGUUGUUUCUAGUCCGAUUCGUGAAUCUUUUUUAUUUUUCAACUUCCGAGUUCUAUUUUAAACAAAAAAUUAAUCAAAUAUAUUUUUAGACUUCCUCUAUAUAUCAAUAUUUUUAUUAUAUAUUCCUGCUAUUUAGGUCGAAUCGAUUGUGGAGGGGGACAAUUUUAGCUUUAUCGGAAUUGGAAAUUAUGUUACCGAGUGAACCAAACGUUUGUCGACACUAAAAUGUAAAUUAACCGAGUUCGAAAGGAGGACGUCAUCGCGUCGUUAUCUUCGAUCCGUUCGUUCGGGUCUCGGCGCUUCGUGACGACUGUACAGUUGAUGUUUUGUGCGUUUUCCAAAGUCGUGUCGAUCCCGAUUAUUUCCAAAUGUAUUUAUUUCGACGGCGAACGUGUAUACAGGGUGAAUAAAUUUUAUUGUUUGUGCUGAACGAGAAGCUGUUUUGAAAAACGCAUACACAUUUGUAGAUUAUGAUGUUUAAAGUUUUAGUUAAGUACGUGUUAUUAAGCUGUUAUAUAGGCGGGUUAUAAAUGGGCAGAUUUAGGCCUCUUUAGACAUUUCUACGUUUCGACUAUACGGGCUGUCUCUAUUACGGAUUUCAUCUCUUUAUAAAAAUGUCUAGGAAUUUCAUAUCAAUGUCUCGGCUUCUUUCUAAACUACGCUAUCGAGUUCGUUAUGUCUAAAGUGAACGCCCGUAUAGUCCAAAUAUGUUACGGUGAAAUAGUGAAAUUGGGAUUUGUGAAACGUUCCUAAAUGCAACGCGACUGUUCGUUUGUUACACAGACGCGUAAACAAAAUUGUAUGUCAUUGUGAUGUGUCAUACGGCAAGGAUUAUUGUCAGAAACUUGAAGGUCGGCGUCAAGACGAAAUAUAUCGGUAACAUUAAAGUUACCUUUGCGCAGAAGGCUGCGUUCGAACAGUCUUAAACUGAUGAUAAAUGUUCGUUAUAUUUAGAUAUUAGACCCUAAGCGUGUCCGAUGACCAAAGUGAGCCUUGUCUAACACCAAGUUUUAUAGAAAUAGUCAAUAACAUAGAAUUGUCAGUUUCACUAUCUCACUCUUAGAUUAAGUCACACGACGCGACGUUUUUAGCUUAUUCGGUGUUCGCCUGGAAACGAACGCGAACUGUAACGUCAUUUGUAGUUAGGUAAAUGUGUAUUAGUGAAAUGCGGGAAACAGUACAGGCCUGACCUUCUAGCCAUUCAGAAAGUUUAGCCAAUUAAAAUUCGUUCCUUUCUUCAUGUUCAGGUCUGUAGCCUUGAAAUAUUACAGAAAUUAUAUGUAUUGUAUAUAAAAAUAUAUCGAAUUAUGUUACAGGACGCGAUCGCUUUUGGGAACUCAACUCGGCUAUUGACGAUAACAAAUGUUAAACGGUCACAAAUGACGGCCACAAAUUUGUCAAAAGAGUCGAAAUUGUUUAUGAAAAUGUCAACCGUUCACUCUUUGGAGUAAGAAAAUCAAUACAUUUUAUGUUGAUCACGAGAUUUUUCUAAGAUUACCCGCGUCCGGCCAAGAUAAGUUGCCGGUAUUAUUAGGUAGAGGAUUCAGUACUGAAUGAGACAUGACUCAGAAAUUACUGACUUGACUGACAUCAUUGUAAGAACCUAAAAUCUUAUAAAGUGGUAUUUUUUACAUAACUUUUACAUUGUGGCAGUAGCCGGGUUGGGCUUUUGGACACGACACUAGUCCCAUGAAGUUAGACGAUUUUAUAUGGGAUAACCUUUGCAAGUAGAUGAAGAACGGGAUGCGAGAGCGUAUUUAGAUUUCUGAAGUGCCUUGCACUGAUCUUACCCUGUCGGACCCGUUCGACUGGGUCACGUGAAUAGACACGCGUAAGGAAUGUUGUAUGUAGAUUUCUAUUGAUUUUAUCCAAAGACUUUGCGAAGAGAACGUUAUGAACUUUUUAAAUAGAGAGACCGAAAUAUAUUUACAUACGUGCGUGUACGUACAACUCGCGCGUUCAAAUUACGUCCGACUGGAGAAGCGAUCGGCGCUACGCACGAAAACUAUCGAAGAUCGACCUUAAUAGUGCGGGCGUUGACCCAAAAUAGGGUAGGUGUUUUGUCUCAAUUUUUACAAAUGUAUGAAAAGGGACAGAAAUUGUCUAUAUGAAUUAUGGAUAUCGAAUCAUUGUUAGCCGAGUGCUAUGUGAAAGAGAGAACUGAGUUGCGAGAAAUUGAUGUAUUUAAAUAUAAUUUCAUUGUUAUAUAAUCUUUAAAGUAAUUUUAUAAUUAUCAAUUAUUUUAGAGUAAGUACGCUCCGCGGCAAGCGCUUCGAGACGCUAGGAUGAAAAGAAUCCCGAACGCCUUGGCAAAGAUAUUUUUUGCAUUUUUUAUAGUGGGCUUCACCAAUUUGAGCGUCUCGAAACAUUUACCGCGAAGCGUGGUUAGGUUUAAGCUUUGUUAUUUCAAAGUACGUUCUGCAGAUGUUCCCGCUGAAAAGUGGAUUAGACGGGUCUGAUAUAAUUUAUUUUUACAUCAUUUUUAUAAUAUGUCUUUAAACAGAAUUUUGAUAUAUGUUUGAGAAUUAAUUCUAUCGACAUCUAUUAUAUAAUGUAUUUAAUUGAUAGACACCGCGGGAAUAUCCUUCUAUUUUUGUUGCCGCGAAGUGUAUUUUUAUUUUACAAAUCUAAAUACGCUCUGUGGGACGUUAGCGCGCGGGAAAUGACGCAAUUUUUCCGCGUUUUUCUCGAAGUAACGGGUGGAGUGCAAGUUGAGUUUUUUCACAGACACAAUAUUAUUAAUAUUAUAUUAAAUAUAGAGUUUUAUUUAAAA